AUGCCUAAACUAAAAUAUACGCGGAAAAGGCAUUCGUCAUCUCAAAAUGCAAGAUAUAAGAAAAAAGCAGAUGUGAGUUCCACCUCCACAAGAAAACUCAUAAACAAGUGCAGUCAGAAGAAUAUACUUGCGAAAUCUACGAAUACACUCCCAUUUGAUGACUCUUUAGAGAACAGUACUCUGUCAUUACUAAAUAAAAAUAAAAAAACCACAACUAAACCAAAUAUAAUAAGUGAACAGCCGAUGCCAUCACUGGCGGACUUAGAAAAAAUGUUUGAAGAUUCUGAAAACAGCGAGCAGAUGUCGUUAACAACUUCAAUAACUUCAGAGAAAUGUGAAAAAAAUCAACUAAAUAAAAAAAACAAUACAAAUGUCAUGCCAUUGUCAAUGGACAAAACUGUAAAUGAAAGCUCAACUUCAAGCAACAACACAACUGUUGAGCUCGAGCCUGUAAACCGAAAUUCAAAUUUUCAGAAUAAAAAAGCUUUUGAUAAAAAACCAUCAUCUAUAGCUGUACCUUGUAGAACUUACAAAACAAAUCACACCAAUUCAAAAAUUAUUAAUUGUCAAAAUCCUUCUAGAAUGAGGACACAUGAAGACUUAAGCAAUGUUGAAGACGACCAUGUCAACAACACUGGGACUAGUAGGAGACACCAUAGAAUGAGCCAUGACAGUUUUCCUCUGCCUAGUACUUCCCGCGAUGACAAUUCAGUUCUAAAUGGUUCUUGCGACGGUCUUCAAAAGUAUGGUGUUGAAGCUCCAGAUUUUCAAAGUUUGUCUCCUAAACAUUCCAAGGAAAGUAAUCGAUUGAUUUCAGAAGUAAUCAGUAAUUUUUUGUCCAAUCCAAUUAAUGAUGGAAUGUUUGAAAAAAUUAGUGUAAGUUUCAAAAUAAAACCUGAGUUCAUACAACAUGAAACCAGAAACAACCCAAUUUACUCGUAUGUAAAUGAACAUGACAACCCUUCACAAAGUUACUGUUGUGAUAAAAUAGAAGUAAAUUCAGGAAACAUUUUAAGAGAGAAAUCAAAACAAAAAUCUAAAAGCUCACAAAUAAAUCUUGGUAAAUGCCCCAUCUGCAUGGAUUGUCUCAGUAACCGUGUUGUGGUAUCAACUUUUUGUGGACAUAUAUUUUGCAUGGUAUGUAUUACAGCAGCAUUUGCAGCUAAUGGCCGGAAAUGCCCAACUUGUAGAAAGGGUUUAAGUAAUCCUGGGUAUCAUCCCCUUUAUUUGUAA